GGUUGGUGCGAUUUUCCUCCUUCAUUGAGCAGCGCUGGAAGACUGCGGAGCUUAACAGAGUAACAAGGGUCGAGGCCAUCAGUCACAUUGUAUUAAUGUGAUGUGUUACUCAACAAAAGCAACAUUUCCAAACGUGAGUAAAAAAAUUUAAAAACUGCAACUUCCUUACAGUUGGAGAUGGAAGUUACGGAAUCGAAUGGGAGGCUUUCGUUUAUGCUGCCUAAAUCAAUUAAAAAAAAUACAGCAGCAACUGUCGGCUGUCGCGGGCAGGCGGCGGGCACACGGGGCUGCUUGAAAUUGUAAUCGCAUCAGUUCGCAAGUACAGUACGCCUCGUAACAACUGUGCACCGAGGUUUUUAAGGCAACAACCAUAUUUUGGUGCUAAGUAGUAUAAUUUGGCAAGCAUUGUGCUGCCGGCAGGUUUUCAAGUACCGUUAAGGGUCGAGUCAUUAAUUUCCAAGCCGCUGGACUGCGCGCAGGAGGUGAGAUGACGGGCGGCUCACUCACGCUGACAGAGCCGCGCCUGGAGGACCAGCACCGUGGAUAGCGCCUAGUGUCCACCAGCCGCGCACAGACAGGGGAGAAUUACUGUAUACAGCCAGCACGCCGGCUAUCACACGCACCACCAUGGUCGCUCCUUAAAAAAAAACCAACCUCUUUUAAUACGUGGACAUGGAUAUAGAUGUUUUAUAAAGCUCUUUGAACACUGUGUGCGUUCUCUGCGAAAACCGCUAAGGUUGUAUCACAGUGCUGGAACAACUCGCUUUCGGAGGGCGGGAGCUGGUGGAUUCUCGCUUGGUUUCUACCCCGAACCUGAAGGAAUGAUGCCCGAGGCAGGAUGUGUACCAGCAGGAAGAUCAUCUGGAGUCUGCUGGUCCUCUCUGUGCUGGAGAUAGGGCUCGGGGUGUCCAGCAUUGCUCUGGGGGCUGUGGGGAUCAGCCGGGUCAAAGCCGAGCAGAAGACGCGUCUGGGUGAUGCUUCUCCGGUAUGGAGCGGGGUGUGUUUUCUCAUAUGUGGGCUGUGCGGUGUAAUCUGUGCCAAAAAGAAGUCUGGACUCAUUAUGAUCCUGUUUUCAGCCUGCUGCAUCUGUGGUCUGAUUGGAGGCAUCCUGAACUUCCAGUUCGUGCGCGCGGUGGUGAGGAAGUCCACCGCCGUGUACUCGCUGCACCUGGCCGUGAUGGCCCUGGCCUGCCUGGGCGUCGGGGGCUGUACCCUCUCUGCCUGGCUCACCUGCCGGCUGGCCAGCAAUGAGCAGCAGAGGAUGUUCCUGGAGCGGGAGCACUCCCUGCACCACUCCCACGAGAUGACGGAGAAAGAGUUACCAGAUACUGCAGGGAAUGGGAUCCCUCAGCUUAUUCAGAAUGGGAAGAUGUCCCCACCAUGACAGGCGGAAGCCUGACUCCAGAUUUCAAAGGAGGGACAUCGCUGAGCAGGAAAACGACAGGAAAAUAACAUGCACCUCGGGCUGGGUUUGAUCAACUCAAACUCAAAGAGAUUGCAGAGGUGGACUGACCCCCUUGUGGACACUGGGGUUGGGCUGCCAAUGGAGCUUGGAGUGUAUGACUGACGCUCACCUCUCAGAUCCUCGCAGCACAGUGGCCUGCAGCCUGUGCUGCUGUGCUUCCAGCGGCGGGCGGAUGACUCAGAUGAGAUGAAAUGCUAUUGGACAUGCAUCCAUGUGACAAAAAGAGCAUGUGAAUGUCUGCCAGGUCUUGCAGGCUUUAAGUAUCGCACUCUGAGUUAUUGUACAAAGCAGAAUGCUCCUAUAAAUGUAAAAAAAAAUCCCAAAACAAUAAGGUUAAUGAAUGUUGAAUGCUUUAAAAAGGUACCUUUGGCAAUAUACUGUAUGUAUGAUCAUUUGGAGAGACCGUACACGCUUGUACAUAUGGAAUUUCUCAUUUAUGAAUGAAAUAUUUUUCUAUUUAGAGCUUCAUAAAAAUAAAAUUAAGAGUGAUGGAAUAUUACUUUGUUGCCAUACUGCAUUUAUUAAAUCUAGGCUGUUGCAGCCAUGUGGCAAAUGGAAGUAUUCACCUCACAUUUUACA